AUGGCUAUGGUGUGUCUUUCAGACUUUGAAGCUUAUGCUAAAAAGUAUCUACCCAAGAAUGCUUGGGACUUUUUUGCAGCUGGAGCAGAUGACUGUAGUACUAGAGAUGAAAACAUCUUGGCUUAUAAAAGAAUUCGUUUCCGGCCACGUAUGCUGCGGGAUGUAUCAGUGAUGGACAUUAGGACUAAGCUGCUGGGGACUGAAAUCAGCUUUCCUGUAGGAAUUGCCCCUACUGGCUUCCACCAGCUAGCAUGGCCUGAUGGAGAGAAAAGCACAGCCAGAGCUGCCAAAGCAAUGAACACUUGCUACGUUGCCAGCACGUACUCCACUUGCACACUGCAGGAGAUCGCAGCGGCCGCCCCCGGCGGCCUCCGCUGGUUCCAGCUCUACAUCUACCGCAACAGGGCGGUUUCCCGGCAGCUGGUCCAACAGGCAGAGGCUUUGGGUUUCCAGGGCCUUGUCCUCACCGCAGAUCUGCCCUACACGGGCAAAAGACGCGACGACAUCCGCAAUGGUUUCUGCCUUCCUCCCCACAUGAAACUCAAGAACUUGGAAGGAGCCUUUGAGGGAGAUGACCGUUCUGAGUAUGGACUGCCACCCAACAGCUUGGAUCCCUCUUUCACCUGGAAUGAUAUUUACUGGCUGCAGAGCCUGACCCAUCUACCCAUCAUCAUCAAAGGUAUCUUGACGAAAGAAGAUGCAGAACUGGCAGUAAGACAUGGAGUUCAGGCAAUUAUCGUGUCAAAUCAUGGUGGAAGGCAACUUGAUGGAGGACCUGCCACUAUUGAUGCGCUGGUUGAGGUUGUGGAGGCAGUACAAGGCAGAGUCGAAGUUUAUUUAGAUGGUGGAAUACGAAAAGGAAGUGAUGUCUUAAAAGCACUGGCACUGGGAGCAAAAUGCGUCUUUAUUGGAAGACCAGCUUUAUGGGGUCUGGCUUACAAGGGAGAAGAAGGUCUUCAAGAUGUUUUGAGGAUUUUGCAGGAUGAGUUUCGCUUGUCUAUGGCCUUAGCUGGCUGUGCCAGUGUCUCAGAGAUUGGUCGACACCUAGUUCAGUUCUCAAAGCUGUGA